UUAUGCGAUAAACGUUUGCUCCUUUUCUUGCCAUCUUACUGAAAUAAAUGGCCAAAGUCUAACCUUUUUGUGCCGGUUAACUAGGUAAAGCUAAUUACGAGAUACUGUUUCCCAAAUUCCCGAUGAAUAACUCCCCCCACCUCCAACCUGAACCCACCCCUACUUUCCGUUCUCCAGAUACAUGCCUCCAAACGUCACCAUGCGCAGAAGCUCGUCACACUACGGGUAUAUGCCUACUCAACAUAUAAUCCCACCUCUCCCAUUGGCUGAAACCUUGACCCCAUGUUUCCAUGUUGACUUUUUUCUGUUUGUGAUGUUUUUAUGCUUGUCUUGGUGACGCGGUGGUGGUGGCCUGUCGCAUUACCCUUUGUCCAUACUGUAUGAUGCUCGCCAGUGUGAAGGCUUUUGUGUUUUUCAUAUGUUUGACAGCUGAUGCCAACGCUUGCUGCCACCGCGGUAGGGGCUGGGGGGAAAUCGGUAUUUGUCUUAUCGCUUGAGAUACUCUUGCCAAGCAUUUCCAUUUUUCCUUCUCCCGACGUUCUAACUCCCUGUUUCUAUCUCGUGAAUGUUGCUGAUUUGUUGAAGCUCACUACCUACCGUGGCUUUACUUAAUUUUUAUUCGCUCGGAUCGAAAGCGCAGUCAGGCUUUCGUCUUUGUGCACAGUUCGCGAGAACCCGGAAACAAAAUUGUUUGAUUGAUGAACCUCUGAUAGCUGACUGAAAUUCACUUUAACAACAUUAGCAACGAAAGAUAGCAGUUUGAAAUCAACGCACACUAAACUGGACUGAGGGUGCUGGGACCUGCAACAUGAGCGAUGCUGUUGUCAUGAUAUGGGAAAGAGCGCAACAGGACAACGACAGCAACUUUGAUAAUAAAGACGUGGGAAUGGUGUCAUGGUAUCUGGUGUGGAUGCCAGACUUGCAGCAGAGCACUAAAACAUUUGAUUUUUAAAAAAUCCACGAAAAUAGAGUCUUUGAGUUCAACCGAAGCUUCCCGACGAGACAGCCUCUGUGGAUGCGGUGCAUGUGAUCCGGUUAUUGGCUUGUGAAAUGUCAGUCUUAUUACACUGUGUUAUUUUGAGCUACAGCCAUGCCGUUAUUUUUAUCUUCCGUCUUCUGAACCUUGGCAGAUUGUAUCUACACUUACCGACCUGAAUAAAAGAUAUGAACAAACGUAUUAACCUGUUUACUGUUGGGCAUAGACACGGGGCCUUAAAAGCAGCGUGCAGAGUGCAAGCUGCAUAAAAAGAAUUCUCGCCUUCGGCACCUUUUAUUCUAACAGACAGGCUUUAAAGUUUCACGUUUAACAAAAUUUGUUGGAGAAUCAGUUGUGAUAGCGAUUUGUGACUAUCAGCUACGAACAGGAACUGAGUUAAUGCGCUAGCGUGGGCGAGGUAAAGAACGAUUUCUGACUGACUGACGGGUUUAUGAGGACAGACUUUGAAUUGCUACCUGCUGAGAUUGGCAACAGAGAGAGAGGCGCACAACCCUGGCACAAACUUUCAGCUUUCGUGCUGAAAAGAUAAUUGCAGAAUUGUGGGCCAACUUUUAAAAUAUCAUAACGACAUUUAACGAUGUUUAGAGAGAAAGAUGGCGUGGAUGGGAAAGAUUUUUUUUUUACUAGAGCCUUAGAACUUGUCAUUUUGGACUAGAUGUAAUAAAUUCUAAUCUAGCCUUAGAAAUAAAAAAAGCUUGCUGUUUGGACAGCCAUUAAAAUUGGUAAGAUAUCGAUUGAGCUUCAGAAUAGGAGGUGGGCACACGGCGACGACCUUCCGCUUCAUUGCCUCUAACACUAGGCAUUAGUUCUCUACACAAUCGUCUCUUCCAGAACUUCAGGAGACUGCGGCAAGCGUCGUUGCUAUGCCCGUCUUGCCACCCCCCCCACACACAGUUCCGUGUUUUGUAGAUCCGGGUGUAUGUGUGUGUGAUCAGGCGAGGGAGAAGGGGAAAUGUGACCUUGCCUUUGACUGUCAAGAAAAGUCCAUAAAACCAGCCGAGCGUUAGGACGGCCCCGAUCACCCUCAUCGAUCUGUUUUCUAGUGGCCCACCACCGUGUCUUCCACGCGGCGGCUUCUUUUGUUGGGUGGGCUGGUGUGGCACGUGAAGACGCCAUCAAAGGUGGCGCUGUUUACAGAUUGCGAAACAAAAGACUGGCGAUGAAGGGCAACAGCUACUUUCACAUCUUCAGACAGAGUAGCCGAUCUCACGUUUUGCGUGUGUGUGUGUGUGCGCGCGCGAUCUCAUUACCGCCGCAUGAACCCAGAAGAAAGAAGGCAGGCGAUGGCACGGAUGGAAUUAAUCGAAUGUUCCUGAACAGGAAGCACUCCGAAGAAAUUCGUUGACUAGGAUAUUCGAGCAAUGACCACCGAUGUGUCGUGACCUCUUGCGGUUAUUUUUGGUGCCAUUGCCACCUGUCUAAAAGAUUGCCGGGAGGCAACCACUUGACCGGGACGUACCUUUGUGACCUUUUUGGCGACCUCGUCGAGCGAUCGCGUGAUGUGAAAGUGUAUUAUAGCGCGGGCAUCGACACACUACAAGAAGAACGUACGCGGUGUCUACCAAUUUAAAAACAAAAAGCACAUAGCUCAGUGGUUGGAGACGGGGAAAACAGGCGGGGUACUACUGCCUCAGUGUAAGUUUGACGGGCACUAGCAUUUAAUUGAGCCUUUUGAAAAGGAAACGGUCUUUGUUGACCUACGGGGGCAGGGAAAGUAAAUAGGUGGCAAUACACCUAUAUUGAUAAGGAAUGUUUGAACCCUUUCAAACAGGCGGAACAAGGCUGUAAUUUAUGCCGCCUGGUGGCAUUUAUCAAACCUUCGCCAAGAAUGGAGCGCCAAUUCAAUGGCACGCUUCUAGCGAUAAAAUAUCCUUUAGAGUUUACAUCGAGCGAGGAGUUGACGUAGCUACGCUGCGCCGGAGUGUGUCUCCAGUGACUUGUGUAGUGCACUCCGUCCUACAAAAGCCACGGUUCGGGGACAUUUAUGCCAGACGGUUGAAGACCAACCACCAGCUGAAGAAGUGUAGCGACCAAAUACGCGAUUGGCUUGUAUGUCGAUUGGACGUCGAACAACUUCUCCAGCAGUUGUAAAACAUCGGUGCCAGACUUUUUGAAACUCUAAGUAGACACUUCAGAGAUGGAGUCUUAGGACCGAGCGCACGACGCAUUCAUCUGUCAAAGUUAUCGCUUUUUACGAUGAGAGCCGUCGCUGUGCCGUCGACUCAUGUCACAAGGCUUCUCAAGAACUGAUGACUCAGUCUAAUGGAUGACAGUGUCGCCGGCGUAUGACUAUAUUGACGGUAUAGGCUGCUGAGUUGUUAACGGUGCUUGCUUCAAGAGCUGGCAUAAAUCUUGAUUGCACGGUAUCUCAUGGUUCAUCUCCAGUACACGUGCUAAUUUCCUUCGGUGCAUGCCGAGUACAUAGUAUGGAUUUUCUACUUUUAAUACAAGCCCCUAAGAGAAUAGGGCGUUAUUCGAGCGAGGGUGUAAUUUGGAUAAUCAGUUCCUUGAUAACGUGAAAGUUGCUUUUGAUUGUCCUUCACUAAAACUUGUGUAAUAAUAGCGUCUUCCUCGAAAAAUCACGUGCAAGUCGUCGUGGAUUUCUCAGGUCACUUGGUCUCUGCUCUGUGAUCGCCUUGAACAUCAAAACCAUUGUGUGACGUCGUGUUCCUAGCAAUGCGCCAUCAUCAGACUAACAACGGCGACGUCAUGGUGACACCGGCAUUCAAGUAUGGGCCUUCCGCUGUCCGUGACGUACACUACGUGACUGGCGCCAAGGUGCCUUACGUGACUGUGAAGCAGCGCCGGAAUGGCCAGUACGUGGUAGUCGAGCGGCUGCCCGUACAUCACCGCCAGAGAGAUCAGGGCUUGCCCACCUUGCAGCAGUCGCUGGCUGAGUCCGCAGUGACUCUGAGGUCAAUCAAACCCAUGUGGAUGCCGUCAUCCAAGGCUAGGUCCAUGGAACGGCAGUACGACGACGCCGGGCACUUGCUGCCCGAUAUCGACUUGGGAUGGCGGGAUAAGGCGAAGGCGCUGGUGGGCUCCUUGGAUAACGUUCACCACGCGCCAGGAGGAGGCACGAAGACUAUCGAGAGUCGGCACCUAAAGUGGACCGCGCAGGCCAAGGUGGGGUCCUUGAACAACUUGCACUAUAAGUCUCCUGCUUUAAGCUCAUCCCAGACCACCCGCAGUGAUCCGCACCCGUUUGCUCAGGAACCCAAGUUUCGGCCUACUCCCCGCUAUGGAGCGCUGGCCAGCACUGGUGCCUUGAACUCGACGCACUACACACCAGGGGGUGCGCAGGUGGUCAUCGCGGCCACGCGCACCAGGCAGUUUAGUCACGUGGCAUCGCGCGUAGGGUCGCUGGACAAUGCUGGGCACGUGCCAGGGGGAGGCGACAUCAAGAUCCCCCAUCACCGCCACCGCUGGAAGGCCGAAGCACGUUUGGGGUCGCUGGAGAACAUCAACCACGUACCGGCGGUGGAGAGGUCAACAUCACGAACCAGCGGCUCACCUGGCAGGCCAAACCGCGCGUGCGCUCACUUGAGAACCUGCAGCAUCAUCCCCCGCCGCGCCAUGGUCUUGUGGCCGUCCCCCGCCACAAGACGGAUUGGAACGCGGCCCCGCGCGUCGGGUCGUUAGAGAACAUCCACCACCGGCCAGGUGGCGGGAACGUGGCCAUCGUACACAAACGUCUGAACUGGCAGGCGCGUGCGAAGGUCGAUACUCGUCCACCCAAAGUGUACACCCUGAAUGAGGCAUCUUCCUUUGACUCGUUGGACU